AAGAUGGCGGCUCAGAUAUCCAAGAAGCGAAAGUUCGUGGCCGACGGGAUCUUCAAGGCCGAGCUGAACGAGUUCCUGACCCGGGAGUUGGCCGAGGACGGCUACAGCGGCGUGGAGGUGCGGGUCACGCCGACGAGGACCGAGAUUAUUAUCCUGGCGACCAGGACUCAGAAUGUGCUGGGUGAGAAAGGCCGCCGAAUCCGUGAGCUCACUGCUGUUGUUCAGAAGAGAUUUGGUUUCCCAGAAGGCAGUGUUGAGCUCUAUGCUGAAAAGGUUGCCACUCGAGGACUUUGUGCUAUUGCCCAGGCAGAAUCUCUGCGUUACAAGCUGCUAGGAGGGCUGGCUGUGCGUAGGGCCUGUUAUGGUGUUCUCCGCUUCAUUAUGGAGAGUGGGGCCAAGGGCUGCGAAGUCGUGGUCUCUGGAAAACUCAGAGGCCAGAGAGCCAAGUCCAUGAAGUUUGUGGAUGGUCUGAUGAUCCACAGUGGUGAUCCAGUCAACUACUAUGUUGAUACAGCUGUGCGUCAUGUGUUGCUGAGACAAGGUGUACUGGGAAUUAAGGUUAAGAUCAUGUUGCCAUGGGAUCCAAGUGGCAAGAUCGGCCCCAAGAAGCCUCUGCCUGACCAUGUCAGUAUUGUGGAACCCAAAGAUGAGAUCCUGCCCACAACACCAAUUUCUGAGCAAAAGGGAGGCAAACCGGAGCAACCUGUUAUUCAGCAGCCUGGGCCAGUUCCCACAGCAUAACAGGUUUGGUGACAUUUCUAAGAUCUGCAAAAUUAUCUGUAAAUGUUUCAAUAAAACCGAAGGG